UGAUAUGUGAGUAGGAAAAAAAGUGGAACAAAAAUUGUCUAAUGGAGAGCUGUUUGCUCAACCUGAGAUGGCCAGAUAUUUUCACAGCAUAACACGUACAGAAUCCCACCUGAUAGAACAUAAACAGGAUUGCAAUGCAAAGGCAGAAGCUCUAAAGGGAUACAACAAAGUAAAUCUGAUGGAUGUCUGAACACAGAGCAAGGGUGGUAAAUCUGAUGGAUGUCUGAACACAGAGCAAGGGUGGCACAGAGAAUCCAUGUUAGAUCCAAGCACUCUCAGACAAAUCCCCCAGCCAAAAGACUGAAAGGAGAACAGAAAGCAAAAACUCCAUCUUUCCCAUGGCAGUAUGAUACUGAAGACUAUACACUACACCACUUUCCUUUUCAUCUCUUGAAUAUGUACAUGUGGGGGGCCACGAUCCGAGUCUUUCUUCCUACCUAUCCCACUCUAUCACACCACACAAUCACCAGCCUCCAGCGUUAAGCCCCAACUCACAUGAAGCCCACUCAGACAGCAAUCUAUGAAGCUAAAUAUAUGUAACAUGGAGUCGCAAGCUGUGUACAAAAGGGAGAAGGGGUUCCUUUUUAUCGUGAUGGUGGGUGGUGGACAGGAUGUGAGGCGAGGCGAGGCGAGGAGAGGAGAGGUUUACUUCCUGGAGCAGCGUCAGUUCAGUAAACCCCACCAGCUUCAUCGUCCUCCUCGCUCUCCUAAGACGAGUUGCAGGACGGGUUCUGGAGAAGUUGGGGAUGACGGCCGUGGGGAAGAGCUUCUGGUUUCAUGUAAUUAUGGUUUUGCGAUCACGAUGGACGGACUUUGCUUCACGCUCGACGAUCAAAGAGAAGACGCAGAACACGCGUUGAAGCUUUGCUUACCGUCGCUUGUCUCCCUGUAAUGUGUUUCGACUUGUAAUUCUAUUACUCUGGAUGUGCAUUCAAAUGCAAUCUUCUCAACCAAC